AUCGGGCGAUCGUGCAGCGUCACCAACGGCCAGUCAACCAAUUGCGUGUUACGAAACUUUUAGCACCAAUUUUGUAUUUGUCCACGAGCUGCUUCCCCUCCAGGUUUCAGGUCUGGUAAGGUUAGUGAAGAUGAUGGACGCACUGUCGGUGGUGAGUCAGCUGCGGGACCUCGCCUCUGAGCCGCAGAACCGAGACGUGAUAGUCCAGGAUGAAGGUUGCCUACCAGGGCUGGUUCUUUUCCUGGACCACAAGGACCCAGAGGUGCUGUUUGCAACUCUGCAGACCCUGCGCUACUUGGCUGAGUUGCCCCCCAACAUCCCCAUCAUGAACAAUGAACUGGGUAUGAUGGUGAGCUUGGAGAGUCUAAUGGCGAGGGAGGGCGUGUCUGUUGAUAUCACAGCCUUGGCGCAGGAGGUGUAUGACAUUCUGUGUGCACCUGCUAAUCCUGUACGCCGCACACCUGAGACCCAGAGGAGAAAGAAAUCACAGUUCUUUAUUAACUCGUCCAACAAGAAGGCCAAGUCUGUCACUCUGCACAUCCAGGGGCUGGACAGUUCUGACCAGCGAGGCUUGUGUGAGGAGGCUCUUCUGAAGGUCAAGGGAGUGAUCAGCUUCACUUUCCAGAUGGCCUCCAAGAGAUGCACCGUCCGCAUUCGUUCAGAUCUACCCACUGAGAGUCUGGCAUCGGCCAUCGCUGCCACCAAGGUGUUGUCAGCCCAACAGGUGGUGAAGAAUGAGGCAGGAGAAGAGGUUUUUAUCCCUCUUAGCUCAUCUGGAGUAGAGGUGCAGCAAAACACAGCUAUACCAGACUACCUCCCAGAGGAAGAGGAAAACCAAGAGAGUGAGGUUGACCGCGCAAUUUCCCGCACCACAGCCAAGGAUGAUUCUAACGGAAGCUGGCUCAGUUCUGCCGCCAGUUUCCUCACCAAGACCUUCUACUGGUGAAACUGGUGAAACUGGAGCUCUGUUAUUCCCUGCGACGCCAAGUGGUGCUAAAAGACUCCUCCCUACUGCUGUGUAUGUUACUGGAGUGGACAUUACUGGCUGGUAGCUCACCAGUCACGGUCAGAAUUUCACCAGCUUGUCAUCAAUUUCUGUGAAUAAUUACAAAUUAUCAACAUGUGCAAAAGCACUUCUGAGUUUGAGAUUUCAAUGUAUUCUACUUUGAUCAGAACUGGAGGCCACACACUUGAAAAACAUAUUCUUGACCUGUGUAAUGCUGUUUUGCAUCCACUAUUAUUAUGAAAUGUAUAUAUUUCCUUCAAAUCAGUUUCCUUUCCAACUUCUCAAACUGUCAAUUUUCUCCCUACAUGUAAAAAGAUUUUUAAGUUUCUCCUCU